GGGUUAUUGUGAAAUCAUGGAAGACAGCUGUGGGUAACCCAAUAACCCAUCCCAUGAUUUCACAAGCUUCCUUCCAUUCUGCCGUUAUGGCGGCCUCCAUCCUCAGGUACUUCUUUUUUUCUACAGGAGCUUCAUCUCCGGCUUUGCUGCUUCAUCUUCCGGUCUUCAAAUAGAUUAAAUAAGAUAAGUGCCUGCUUUGUUCUGCCAUCCCAAAUCAGUCCCGUCCGGCUGCCGACACGCAGUGUUGUCCCACCACCACUGGUCACUAGUAACUCCUUCGUUCUCCACUUUCAAAUCUCCAAUCCAAAAAGAUUGAAACAUUGGCUGCCUCAGAGAUGGGAAAGGAGAUGAAUAAGGAAAACAGCAAUAGCCAAUUCUCUCCCUCAACUGUCUUUGUUUCCAACUUGCCUUACUCCUUUACUAACACCCAGCUUGAAGAAACUUUCAGUGAUGUUGGCCCGAUCAGAAGAUGUUUUUUGGUAACAAAGAAAGGGUCUACGGAGCACCGAGGCAUUGGAUUUGUUCAAUUUGCUAAUGUUGAAGACGCAAGUCGUGCUAUUGAGCUAAAAAACAAUUCAAGAGUUGGAGGACGAAAACUUGGAGUCAAACAUGCAGUGCAUCGGGCCCCUCUCAAACAGCGUAAAUCAAAGGGAUCUCAAGAUGAGGCGCCUCAUAAGGACAAUAAUGAGACCUUGCCCGAUGCAUUAGUCAAGCCCGAACAAGAUCUUAACUCUCAAGCAACAGGUAUAGGUAAACAUAGAAGAAAAAGAAAAGCUACAGAGCUUUGCACUGGCCUGCCUGAUGAAAAGAGUUGUUCAGAAAAGCAGAGGGUUGCCAGGACAGUCAUAAUUGGAGGUAUUCUUUCUGCCAAUAUGGCAGAGGAAGUUCAUAGUCUCGCUAAAGGCUGUGGCACAGUAUGUUCCAUUACCUAUCCUCUUCCAAAAGAAGAACUUGAAUAUACUGGGUUGGCUCAAGAUGGUUGUAAAGUGGGCGCUUCAUCGGUGCUUUAUACUAGUGUUAAAUCUGCUAAAACUUCUGUUGAAACAUUACAUAAAAAAGAAAUACACGGAGGAAUUAUAUGGGUGCGCCAACUUGGUGGAGAGGGUUCCAAGACUAAUAAAUGGAAACUAAUAGUGAGGAAUAUUCCGUUUAAGGCCACAGUGAAUGAGAUAAAGACCAUGUUUUCAACUGUUGGCUUUGUAUGGGAUGUAUAUAUUCCUGAGAAUGCAGAGACAGGUUUAUCCAAGGGAUUUGCAUUUGUUAAAUUUACUUCCAAACAAGAUGCAGAAAAGGUUAUUAAGACUUUCAAUGGAAAGACUUUUGGUAAAAGACCUAUUGCUAUUGAUUGGGCUGUACCCAAAAAGGUUUAUGUUGCUGAUAAUCAACCUGCUGCAGCUUUAGAGGAUGGACGACCAAAUGAAAGCGAUGGAGAUGAUGACAGCAGUGUUGAUUUGGAGGAUAAGGAAAUGGAGAUUGAUGGAAAAUCCCAACAGGAUAAUAGUAAUGAGAUUGAAGAAACAGAACUAGACGAAGAUAGUGUUGAUGAAGAAGAAGAAGUAGAAGUAGAAGAAAACGAAGAAGAAGAAUAUGAAGAAGGAGAAAAAGAGAAAGAAGAAGAAGAAGAAGAUGAUGAUGAUGAUGGUGAUGAUAAAGAAAAAGACACACAUCCAGAAGUUAAUGUUGAUACGGAAGCAAACAUUGCAAGGAGAGUUCUUGAAAAUUUAAUGUCAUCUACUUUUAAGGGGACAACAAAUUCUUUUCCAGCAGAUGAUUCUUCCGGCUUGCCCAAUGCAGAAAAGAGUGAUGUUGGUGAAACACCAAAAAGUUCUAGCAAGGAGAAAAUUGCCAUGCGGACUGAAGGAGUAGAUGAUCUGAAACAGACAAUUUUCAUAAACAACCUUCCUUUUGAUGUUGACAAUGAAGAAGUAAAAGAGCGUUUUUCUGCAUUUGGAGAAGUGGAGUCCUUUGUUCAAGUUCUUCACCAAGUCACCAAGAGACCAAGGGGUACAGGAUUUCUCAAAUUUAAAACAGUAGAUGCUGCUGAUGCUGCCCUUUCAGCAGCCAACACUGCUGAUGGGUUGGGUAUACAUCUGAAGGGUAGACAAUUGAAAGUUUUGAAAGCCAUUGACAGAAAAUCAGCUCAGGAUAAGGAGGUGGAGAGAACAAAAAAGGAGGAACAUGACCAUCGUAACCUUCAUCUGGCUAAGGAAGGACUUAUUUUAGAAGGAACCCCUGCUGCUGAAGGCAUUUCAACCAGCGAUAUGUCAAAGCGCAAGAUCUUGCACGAUAAAAAGAUGGUCAAACUCAAGUCGCCAAACUUCCAUGUAUCGAGGACUCGGCUAAUUAUGUACAAUCUUCCUAAAUCAAUGACCGAAAAAGAGCUUAAGAAACUCUGCUUAGAUGCAGUUACUUCUCGAGCUACUAAGCAAAAGCCUAUGAUCAGGCAGAUAAAAAUUUUGGGUGAUACUAAAAAGGGUAAAUUGGAAGCGAAGAAUCAUUCUCGUGGAGUUGCCUUUGUUGAGUUCACCGAGCACCAACAUGCACUUGUGGCUCUCAGAGUUCUAAAUAAUAAUCCUGGGACUUUUGGACCAGAACAUCGUCCAAUUGUGGAGUUUUCUCUUGAUAACGUCCAUACUUUGUUGCGUCGUAAAGAGAUGAAUCAAGUUCAGGCCAACGGUUCUCAUCAUCAUGAUAAGACCGAAAUGUCAAGAAAACACAAACCCAACGGGGGGGAUGUUUCAUCCGGAGUGGACAAAAGUGUGAAUUUCCCCCCAAAGAUGCAAAAACAAAUGAAAAUGGCGACAGGCUCAAACGAGGAGGUGCCAAAAGAGAAGAAAGAAAAGGGAGGAAUGCUCGGCGAACUUAGACCACCUCGUCCUAUUAAGAGUGCCCCUAAGCCUUUAUUACCCCCCCAAUUGGAGACGAGACUAAUAACAAGAGACCAAAGGGGGGGAGACCGGCGACGGAUAAGACCGUUUUGGAGAAAGGAAUAGAAAACUCAAGGGGAGAAAAAAGACGAAAAAAGAACGUGAAUUCGACGGGACACGAAGUGAUGGUGGACAAGCUAGACAUGCUCAUUGAACAAUACAGGUUCACUAAGGUCAGUUCUGAUAAAACAGAUGGUAACAAAAGACAGCUUAGGAGGUGGUUCCAAUCAUAAUAAUCCAAGUUGCCUUUUUGGGUCGUGUGAUUACAUUUUUUUUGUAUGUUGAUUGCAAUUUUUUCCGAAAGAUAAGUGGUUUCACCUUAAACUUUGUAAAACCAAACUAUAGAUCUCUUUUAAGAAAGUAUUCUACUCCUU